CUAACUUCUUACUAAAGCACAUGACGUGGAUUUAGGAGAUUUGUUGUUUUCGGUUUUCAUCUGGUGCUUGGCAUUUGUCGGAGAAGGAAAAGGACUUCAUUAGGACUUCCAAGAUGUUACAAAGCGCACUGGACGAUGUUAAAAGGAUGAACAAGCGUCAGUUCCUGUACCAGGUACUGAGCUUUGGAAUGAUCGUGUCCUCAGCCCUGAUGAUCUGGAAAGGACUGAUGGUGGUUACGGGCAGUGAAAGUCCCAUAGUGGUUGUUCUCAGUGGAAGCAUGGAGCCUGCUUUCCACAGAGGCGAUCUCCUCUUCCUGACAAAUUACCAAGACGAACCAGUCCGCGUCGGAGAGAUCGUCGUCUUCAAGGUGGAGGGAAGGGACAUUCCCAUUGUGCACAGAGUACUUAAACUGCACGAAAAGGAGAAUGGAACAGUCAAGUUCUUGACCAAGGGUGACAACAACAGUGUUGAUGACCGAGGACUCUAUGCCCCUGGCCAACUGUGGCUGACCAAGAAGGAUGUCGUUGGAAGAGCGAGAGGUUUUCUCCCAUACGUGGGAAUGGUCACCAUAUACAUGAACGAGUAUCCGAAGUUUAAGUAUGCUGUGCUUGCUUGCCUCGGACUCUACGUACUGGUGCACAGAGAAUAACACCAACCUUUUUUGAACAACCUGUCCUCCUGUUCUUAAGGAGGAAUUUUUGACAAGUCAAAAAAAUUCAUCGGUACUUUGUAUGUAAUAAAGAGAAUCAAUUGGCCGAAAAGAAUCACCCAUUGCCAAUUUGAUGUUUUCA